AUGGUUUUCCCUGGAGAUCCCCAGCCCCAUGAGUAUAGAGCCGAGGCUAUGCCACAUACGGAUCUGCCUCAAACUAAGUUUCUCUUCCUCGGACUAAUAAUUUCUAUCCGAUAUCUGGUUUCAACACAGUCAUAG